AUGUCUGUCAAUCUAUCUCCCUCAGUAACUUCUGUCAUUUUCACUUCAUAUCUAUAUCUAUAUGUGUCACGUUCGAUCAGCAUCCCAUUCAGCAGUCAGAAAAUCUAUCUAUCUAUCUAUCUAUCUAUCUAUCUAUCUAUCUAUCUAUCUAAUCCUUUUCAUAUAUUAGUUUUUUUCAUAUCUAUCUAUCUUAUUCUUUUCAUAUCUAUCUAUCUAUCUAUCUAUCUAUCUAUCUAUCUAUCUAAGCCUUUUCAUAUCUAUCUUAUUUUUUUCAUACCUAUCUCAUUCUUUUCAUAUCUAUCUAUCUAUCUAUCUAUCUAUCUAUCUAUCUAUCUAUCUAUCUAUCUCAUUCUUUUCAUAUCUAUCUAUCUAAGCCUUUUCAUAUCUAUCUUUUUUUCAUAUCUAUCUUUUUUUUCAUAUCUAUCUCAUUCUUUUCAUAUCUAUCUAUCUAUCUAUCUAUCUCAUUCUUUUCAUAUCUAUCUCAUUCUUUUCAUAUCUAUCUAUCUAUCUAUCUAUCUAUCUAUCUAUCUAUCUAUCUAUCUCAUUAUUGUCAUAUCUAUCUAUCUAUCUAUCUAUCUAUCUCAUUCUUUUCAUAUCUAUCUAUCUCCUUAUUGCCAUAUCUAUCUAUCUAUCUAUCUAUCUAUCUAUCUAUCUAUCUAUCUAUCUCAUAUAAACAAACCUUAA